AUGGCAUCCACCACCUGCCACAAGAUGCUGAAGACCGUCUCCUUGGACACGCCGAACAGCACGGCGACAUCGAGAUACGAAGCACCGGCCAUCAUUCGCAAGCCGAUAGCUAGUCGGAUCUUCGUGGGAACAGCACCGCGUCGAUACCGUUUUCCUGUGUCGCAUGAAGCAGAAAAUAAGCAUAGCGUGAACGUAUCAACAACAGACGAAAAUAGCAAGUGCUGGGCGGUGAAACUGUUACCCUAACCCUAGUCAGACACCGGAGGUCACCGUCCUGCUGGUGUAAACCGUCCUGCUGGUGUGAGAGUGCGGGCGGUGGUGCUGCGGGAUGAUUCGCCUUGUUCCUA